UACAAUCCAUGCACUGCAAUGAGACUUGGGACUUCUUGUGACGGUGUUGCUGCAUGUCAGCAUGUUCAUGAUUCGUUGUAUAAUCUUGGAACUCAGGAUUCUGUAGAGUAUUCCGUACCAUCAUUAGGGACUGUGGUACUAACAUAUAAAGAAGAGGUCACCACUGAUAAAAGAUCUUCUAUAGUGACUUAUAAAUGUAAUUGUGAUGCUGAUUCACCUAUCCUACUAGCUUUGGGAGAAACAUCACCCUUGAAAUAUGAAUAUAAAAUCACCUCAAUGCACGCAUGCGUUCAAGCUUGCCCACCGAAAGAAGCUUUGAGUACUGGAGGAAUACUAUGCAUUAUAUUUUUUGUUUUAGUUUUUGUUUACUUUGUUGGUGGAAUUUUGAUUAAUAAAUUUGUUCUGAAGCGUGAGAACGGAAGAGACUUGAUUCCUAAUGUUGAGUUCUGGUCAGACUUGCCCUACCUGAUAAAGGAUGGUUUCCUGUUUGCUAUAAGUCCAUGUAAGAAGCAGAAUGCGUAUGAUCAAAUAUAGGAAUGCCGCAUAGAAAGAAUACACAAUUUGGGGAGAAGAUUAUGGAGGACUUUAAGCAUGAAUACAGCUAAACAGACAUUUCUAGUUUUGUAUUUUCUAACGAAUGAACAGUAUAACGAUAAACAACAUUUUGGUAGAUAAGAGUUUCUUUUUAAAAUGUAAUACUUUAUACAAUUUUCAACUAAGAGGGCUGUAUAUGAAUGUAAUCGUGUAGAAAUUUGGUGAAAUACUGUCUGUAAUUGGAACAUGUAUGCAAAUUGAUUUUUUACAGGCAUUUCAUGCAUUUCUAAUGAUAGAUAUCUGGUAUUGGUAAUGUCUCUAUGGCAACACGAAAACUCCAAAAUACAUUAAACCUAGAGUAAUUUCACAAAAAAUUUGUGCAGAAAACAAAAA